CCGCAUCGACCAUAGACAAAAAAAUAAAAAAUAUAUGUCUAUGGGCUGAUCCAAGAGCGGAUUGGUUUAGAAGUCGACUCGAACAGUAUGACGUAUUAUACAUGCUUUCCUUUUUUUGUUGAAUAGGAGGGAUUUUAACUCCAUUAAAUGAUAUCGAAGGUUUAUUUUGUGAACAUAAUACAUGUUGGGUGGCUGACGGUAAGAUUUAUUAUACACGCCUGUGCGUACAACUGUGAUAUAUUGUAUAUAGAUUAAAAUAUGAAUGUAUUUAUUCUCUCUACUACUGCUGACUAUAUAACAUUGGACUAGUUUAACGUUGAAGUGUUUACAAACAGAUAAACUUGUGGCACUUGGGGUGUGAGGAUGUGAGAAAUUGCAAGACAACUGUUUUCAUUAUUGAUUAUCUGUCACAUAUUUAGAGUUUGUGUAAUUUGGGAAUAAGGUCUGCUCAGCUGGUUUAUAUACAGGUGCAAUAUAAUAUGAUUCAGAUUUACAUAUAUUCAUGUAAAAUGGAGGUUAAACCAUAAACUUUAAUGUCACAGAUGGCUCACAUAAUAUUUUAGUAGGCUAGGAGUUGCAGACAAUCAAAUCAAAAGUACAGUGUUAAAAAAUAACUUUUUGAAUUACCCACUGUAAUGUAGAAAGAGCUCAUUCACUGUCCACAUUCAUGCAUAAUGCAGUCAGGAAUGACAUGACUUUUUCACUCAAUACUUGCAAUUAAGAAUACAAUUCUUCAAAAGAAAGCUAUGCAUAAAUGAUAAUCAGUUUUCUAAUUAACAGAAUAUUGCUGGUACUGAUGUAGUGACAAUGAGCCACCAAUAUUAUUCAUUAAUAAUGUCUUUUCAUAAAAUUCAGAAUAAAGUCACAAUAUUCACUUGUAACAGAUUUGUUAUGUUGCUGUGUAACUGACUUAUCUGUAACUGAUAGAGAAAAACACAAUGCAUCUGAAGGCACCACUAUGAAAUAACACUGUUUUUUUUUUUUUGUCAGGAAGUAAAAAUGAUUACAGUGAGUGAAGUUUCAGUCAAGCCUUAGAUUCUGUCUCUAUCUCAUGUCUCUGUGAGCUCCCCUAUAGAAACCAUGUAAUAUAAAAAGGAAACAAAGGAAAAACCUUUUGGCCCUUCGGUCCAUAUGUAGUCAAAGCAAACCAGCUACAGAUGACACAGACAAAAGAAUUUCACUGUGACUGAUAAUCUGAUGGAUGACGUGGACAUUCAAUACUGGUGUGCUGUGGGGAUUGAAAAUAAGGUGGAUGUCAGCCGUCAGUCACAACCGUUAAAGGUUUUUAAAGACAUCAAAAUUCUUUUUGAGAAGUUGUAAGUUGUAUUUUUACCUACAUUUCCCAGAUAAUAAAAUUAGAGUGUGCUAUUUUGUAUUGUGCUUUUUUUAAGAUGUGCCAAGUCUGUUCAUAGACCGACAGGAAAUUUCAUCAUUUGAAGGAGGAAGUAUGACUGUUAGCGGUGACCACUGAUUUCCACUAAGGUGACGAUUCUUAUCACCACCCUUCCCAUGCAGCUGUUGUUUGAUCUUGCUGCCUUUUUUGGAUGGAGAAUGUUGAGUCGUAGUAAGUCUUGUAAACUCUGCUAAAACAAAGUCAGGAAUAAGCUAUCUGCUAUAUUAAAAUAUCUAUAUAAUAUGUGUUUCAGGUAAGAAAAGUACUUAGGGGUCUGACAUUGCUGUGGUAAGACAGAGCCAUGUAUCCCCUAUUAUUAAUAAAUAAAUAAUAUGGCUAUCACUGGCAUAUUCCAUCUAUGAUUUGUAAAUGACAGAGCAUUUGAAGCCAUUUUUAAGUUAUUCAGAUCUACACUUUAAUGGUAGGAUGUUUUUGUACUUCAUUUUGGAUGAAUAAAUCAAUUCUGCGGUCUGUUUUAAAGACAUGCAAUUUAGAGAAUCUGGGUUACUGGUGUUAUUUUGUUCAAAACUUCAAGCAAGAGUGGGAAAGUGGUGUUAUUCUGAGCAAGACCAACAGUUGAAAUAUGGUCCAAAAGCAGCCAAAUGGCUUUUUAAUUAAAAUGGUUUAACUCAUUCCAUUGAUUGUUUCUGCAGCUUCUCCAAUCCUGAGCCACUGAAUACUAUGGGGGAGCACCUUAAUUUAAUUAAUGAGGUUACUACAUGCGAUUAUCUAUUUUUAAUUAAUAGUCUCCGGUGUAUGUAGUGUUUGAUCUAAUAGGGCAACCAUGGGCUUAGCUUAUAAUGUGGUAUGAUACUGGGCACAAUUAAGUAAACAGUGAGACAAAUGUGUGUUUUAACGUUCACAGCACACUUCUCAAGUGUUCACAAAUUUGAAAGCACACAUCAUCAUGACUGUUAUUUUUGCUUAAAGUAUUUGUUUGAUUUUUGAUUUGUAAGGCACUGUAACUUUAAAGGUGCAAUAAGCAAUUCUGUAGAAAGGAAGUGAAUUCUUCAGUCAUCUUUCCCCAGACUCAUUUACUGCACCUUUACUGAAACUGUCCUAAAAAGAGCAGGAAGAGAAAUUUUAACAGUUGGUAUUGCAGGUUUAAGAAAUCAGGAAGUAGAAAUUGCCUCAGUGUAUUUGUGUUGCAUGAUGCUUUAUAUGACCCUAUUCUGUCUGCGACAUGGCUGCUUAUCUCAAAAUCCUCCUCAUCCUCACCGGGCUAACAGGUCAGUCUAACGGGUCACUUUAUAUUUGCAGAUGUUUAGUCUUGUGUUUGAGCUGGUUGUGGCGGAUGUACAAGGUAUUCGCAGUAUAACUACAGUCAGUGAAGUGUCAGUGAAGGCUGGAUAUUCAGUCUCUAUCCCAUGUCUCUACGACUCACAAUACAGAGACAACGUGAAAUACUUGUGUAAAGGAUAUUACUUUAACUCCUGCUCAUAUGCGAUUAGAACAAAUCAACCAAAUUCAAGAAAGUUUUCAAUCUCUGAUGACAAAACCCAAAGAAUUUUCACUGUGACUAUAAAAGAUCUGACAUAUCAGGACAGUGAUUACUGGUGUGCUGUGGAGAUUAACGAUGGGAAAGAUGUCAGAAAAUAUUUUCACCUGUCAGUCACCAGAGGUUUCCCCAGUCUUCCUGUGGCUCAGCAGGAGAUUACAGGAUUUAAUGGAGAAAACAUAAACUUCAAUUGUUACCAUCACAACCCUGGAGAAAUGAAGUGGUGCAGGCUGGGCAGCUCCUGUGUGACGGGGUCGUCUGGAUCAAUAGAUGGAACAACAGUAACCAUCAAUGCAAGCAUCUCAAAUGUUUUCACUGUGACUAUGAGUGGACUGAGGACACAGAGCAGUGGCUGGUAUAUGUGUGUCAAAGGAGACUUACAGAUGCCAGUGCAUUUAACUGUUAGUGAGAGACCUACAACUACCACUUCUGAACCUGUGAGUCUCACCACUGCUUCUGAGCCUGGGAAUCUCAACACUUCUUUUACAGAAAAAGCACCUAACGUAGCUCAUGGUGAACAGCACAGAGUUUCAGUUGACCUAAAGAGCUUCAUGAUCCCUUUGUGCUUGUUGAUCCUCAUUGUAAUGGUAACCUUGUUCAUCUGGUUUCGAUUGAAAAAGCGCAAGCAGAUCAAAGAUGUGUCAACACCAGCCAAGACAGAAGCUGAUGAGCAAGCAAUGUACAGCACUGUUGACAUAAGAAAAAAAUCAUCGGGGCAGCCGUCAUAUACUGAAAGUGAUGUGGACAUUAUUUAUAGUUCUGUGGUAACCACAAGGCAAAAACGUGCUCGGAGGGUGGAAGCAAAUGAUGAGAAUGUCACAUACAGCACACUGGCUUAGCAUCAGCACCGCUGAGCACAUGUUAUGUCUUUUUGGUUAAGUUUUAAUCUGUUUGGUUACUGCUGGAGAACCUUUUUUGUUUAUGAUAGUGUCAUAAUGUGUUGUCUGUUGUUUUUGAGCAGGAACUUCUCUCUUUCUUUUACACAUUAUGCCUACUUUCCUCCUGCGCACUUCAAAGAAGCAUUGCCCUGUAUGUUUACCAGGUGUUUGACCAACGCACUGCUAACAAAAAUCAUGGGGUCACUGUCAUAUUAUUUAUUAGUCCCAAAGCUUACCUUAGUAACUUAAGUUCACACAAGUUAUGUAGUCAUGGAGAUGAAUAUACUGUAAUGUAUCCAUUUAGUCAUGUUCUCAAACCAUGAUUGAUUGCUUCGCAGAUGUUUUUUUAGAGGCAGGUGAAGCACAUGCCAGGGCUGCUUGCUGAAGAUUUUUAUAGGUUUCUGUGGCAAAAUGAUAGCCAUUCAUCCCUGGCUUCUUUCCUACUGUCUGUGAUAAGGGAAUAAAAAGGAUAAAGAGGAAAUGUUUUAGUUCAGUAAACAUGAAGGCUAUGCAUAUUACUGAUAUAAAAGGUGCAAGAAUAUUAGCAUUUUUGUUUAGCUAAAUUGCCAACUUUGUUUUUUAUUUUUGUUUUGUUGCAGGCAUUCUCUACAGUAUUAAUAUUACUGAUAUUAAAACAGUAACUCUAAUAAAUAAACACAAAUUAGAUUUGCCCCUAAAAUUUCAAUAUAAAAUCAAUUGACUCAUUUUAGUUAUAUCCUUUAGAAACUGUGUUACAACUAGCUAAUAAUAUUUAGUAAAUGAUGGUAAAAAACCCACUGGAAGUGGUCAAGUAGCACCAUGGAGCCAUUUUCAGUAUUUUUUCUAAUCACCAUGGAACUUCCAGGGCAAUUACAUCCGUAUUUGCACAAAAUGAAAAUUUUACAGAUUUCACAAUCUCGCCUUUUCAAAGCUGCUUGGUCAGUUCCACAUCUCCAGCUUUCCUACAGUGUUGUGAGAGAACAGAAAGUUUAUCAGUCACACUUCAUGCAGAAAAUACACACAUUUUGCAACACUGCAUAGACCUUAUCAUUUUCUAUUCACCAAGAGCGGUUUAGACCAGAUGGAGGAAGUGUUUUUUGUUUUGUUUCGUUUAUUUUUGUUUUUUUGCAGUUUUUUUUUUUUUGCAGUUUUUUUUUAGCCAACCACUGGGUUGACAUCCUGCUCUUUAAGAUGAAGAACCGCAGAACAGCAAUGUUCCCAUAAUGUCAGAUAACGUGGAGAAAGCAUGCACUUUUUUAUUUCAUCAAGCAACCUAGGUAAUGCGACUGCCUCACUUAGCCAAAUUGCACAUUGUAACAGAUAUAUUUGCUUUGUUUUUCUUUUAACAUUAGAACCUGUCUAUGACCCCCUUCACUUUCAGUAACACCACUCACUCCAUGUCUCUUUAUGAGGUUGAUAUUUUGUCAUUUUUCAGUAAGUUCCCAAUUUUUAAACUUUAUCGACCAAACACUCAGAAAAUAAUUUCACUUUGUGAGAAUACUCUGAUACAGGUGAAGGUCUUACAUUCAAGAACAAAAUGUAUUUGAAGUAUUUAAAUGUACCUGUUGGGCAGAAUGGUCAUUUUCAGAGGUUUGUAUUAUUGAAACAUUAUUACUGAUGCUUAUAUGUAAUGUUUAAUGCAGUGUUUAAUGUAACAACUGGUGGAGAUGGAGCACAUUAUCUUAAUCAAUAGCACAAUGUCAUCUUUUAUAAA